AUGGAAGAAGAAUAAUAAAUCUUGAAAUAUGGAGAUAAUAUUAUUCUAAGAUGCAUGGUAGAUAAUAAGAUAUAUUAUCUACUUGCUAGAAAUGAACAAUAUCUUAUGGAAACAAGAUUGUAAUUAGGUAAUUCUUGUACAUUUAAUAUGUAUAAUUUCCCUCAACAUAUGGUAUUUACUGUGUUCCCAAAACUUUUGUAUGAAGCUUAAAAAAAAUAUAAUUCUGAUAAGUAGUUUGGAGCUUCUUUAGAUUUUUAGAAACAACUACUUUAUACAAGAAUGGAAACUGAAAAAAAAUAUAAUCAAAAUCUAUUGAAGUAAACUAAAGGACAAAAAAUUAUGUAUGGAGAUACAAUAAUGCUCUAUUAGCCAUUGAGUUAAGUAUUUUUGUUAAGAGCAGAAAACAAUAAUUCAAAUUCAAAUAUAGGAACCAUUUUGAGUUCUUCAAUGUAUUUUACAGUUCAACCUGAUCCCUUAGCAUUAGAUAUAAAAUAAGGAUGUCCAGUUCAUUCUUUUGAUCAAUUUUUACUUGUUUAAAGUGACACUAUUUUAAAAUUUGAUACUUUAUAAGAAAUAUAUCGAUUACCUGAAGUUGUAAAAUCUCAAAAUCUUGAUCACAAUAAUGAAUUUCUAACUAUUCCAGCAAUGAUUGAAAAUUAAUAUCAAUUUAAAUUUUACAAAGCCCAAUACAAAUAAUUUGCUACAGAUUCAAAAGAAUCAAUAAGCCAUAACACACUUUAAGCAAUAGUAUUAAAAAGAGAUAAAGAUAAAAGUCAUUUAUUUUAUGGUUAAUAUGUAAGAAUAAUACAUAUGUAAUAAAAAAUAAAAAAAGAGAGAUAGGAAUCAAGAAUUAGAUCAAUAAAAAUUGAUGAUGCUUAAGAUAAUUAAAUAAAUAAAGGUUAUUUAACAUCAUCAAUUAAUGCUGUUGGAUGUUAUCCAUCAGUUUAUUUAUAGAUAAAUGAUAUAUAGAAUUCUGAUUUAAUUGAAAAAGCAGCAUCUAUUUUUUAGAUCUUACCAGAAAAUGAUUAAAAAUAUAGUGAUGAAAUUUAAUUUCAUGUUGGUAAUAAACCAAAUUUAGUUGGUUAUACUACUUUCUUACUUAGACAUAUGUUAACAGGAGAAUUCUUAAGAGUAAAUCCAUUUGAUAAUAAAUUACAAUUAUCUAAAGAAAUUAUUAAUAAAUAUAGAAAUAUAAAUACUACAUCAUCUAAAAAAUUAGAUGCAUUAAAAUAAACUGAACCUAAAUCAACAACAUAAAAAAACUUACCAGGUAUUAAAUUAUAUAGAAAUCUAAUGAAUCAUAAUAAUAAUAAUUAAAAUAAUAUUUAAACUCAAUAAGAUGAACGUAUUGCUACUUAAUAUUAAUAAACAUAAGGUAAUUAGGAAGAAAUUGAUUAAGAUUCAUGCUUAGCUGAUCAUUAAUUACUUUUUGUAACUAAAUUAGGCAAUAAUCCAAUAUUCUAUAAAGAUUAAUUACCUUUCACAAUUGAUACAACCUUUAAUAUUGCUACAAAAGAUGGUAAAAGUCCAAUUGAAGUUGACAACUAAGAAGAAGGUGGAUAUCAAGUUAAAUUAAUUACAAAAUUAGGAAUGUUUAAUUAAUAUGGAGAAGAAAACUUAGAGUAAAAAUUAUAUAAAUAAUUACAUGAUGAAUGGGUUACUUUGUUUCCUGAUUUAGAUUCAUUCAUAAAAAAGAAUAAAUAUCAAUUAACAUAAUAAGAAAAAGAAGUACUUGAAUUUAUUGAAAUUGAAAAAAGAAAACAAGCAAAAAAUAAAGUAGAUAUGAGACAUUAUAAAUCUGAUGAUGAAACUUUUAAACCUACAUUUAUUAACUUAAAUCCUCUUAAUACUAAAUAUUUAGAUGUAUUAGCAAGUGAAGAAUUUUCAGGUUCCAAUUUUAAAUUUGAAGUUGUAGAUUAAAAUGAAAUUGAAGAAUUAAGUGAAGUUUUAGAUUUAAUGUUUCCUAUUAUUGCUUUAGCUAAAAAUUCUAUGUAAUUAUCUACUCUUAAAUUUAAAUUCAAAGAUCUUAAAUUUAAGGAUUCUAAAGAAUAAAAAGAUCUUGCAUCACAAUUUCUUAGAUGUCAAGCCUAAACUAUUUAAAAUGUAAAUUAAGCAGUCAAGUCUCUAAUUAAAAUUAUGUUGUGGCUAACUGCUACUCAUGAAACAUUAGCCUAAGAAAAUUUAAUCUCUGAACCUUUAGUAAGGAGAUAAUGUAUCGCUAGAGAAAUUGGUUGUAUAGAUUAUGUGAAUAAAAUUAUCUAUGAAUUGAAUAUUAAUGGAUUAUUAUAUGAGGAUAAAGAUUUUAUUAAAUCAGAUGAAGUAUAAGAGGAAUUAUAAGAUGAAGAAAUUUUUUAAUAAGAUAUCAACCAAUUAAUUGAUGCACUUUCCUCAUUUUUAUAAUUAGUAUGUAAGAAUUCUAAUGAUAAUUCCUUAUAUGUUGUAUAAUGGUAUUGUCUCUAUAAACAUAUACUCCUUAGAGGAUAAGUGAAUGAUUUAAUGAGAUUAGACAUCUUGAUUACAUAAUUAUUCUAAUAGUCUGAUGUUAUGGUUUCAUUUGAAUUUGAAGUCACACAAUUAUCAAAGGAAACAAAAUUUACAAAUUAUAAUAAACAUGCAUUCAAUUUAUUAAUUGCCUUUUGUCUCUUCACUGAAUUUAGAAAAAAAGAAGGUAUUGAAGGAAUUAUUGAUCAUAUCUUUAAAGAAAAUAAGGAUUCAAUUUUCUCAUAAUUUAUAUUUGAUGGUAAUAUUCAAAGGAUUUUAAGGGAGAAGCCUUAAGAUUUUUCAAGAACAAUUCGAAAAUCUAUAGAUUCUAAUAAUCUAGCUUCUAGCCCAAAUAUGAUUGAUGGUUUGAGUCCCCAAAACAGAUAACCUUAACAUGAUUAUAUAAUUUCUUGUGUAAGAUUGGCUUCAGAAAUAUCUAAAUCAUCUCCAGCUUUGACUUUAAAGUAAAUUAAAACUUUAUUCCCUUUCUACAUAGUUGCCUAAAUAAUUCAAGAUAAUAGUAUUUCAUCAUUAACAAAAUCAUAUUUUUUAGAGUUAUUUUAAAAUUCAUAUAUGGCUAAACACUUAAAACCAUUACCAAUGGCCUAAUUUCCUUAAUAUUUAAAGAUGGUUGUUAAAUAAAAUAAAGGAAAAGGAUUCUUAGCACUUUUUAAAAAAGAAGAGUAUGAAAUUAUACUCUAUGCAUUUGCACAAAAAAAGAUUUCUGAUGUAUAUUAGAAAGUGGCAAAAAAAUAUUUAGUUGAAAGUGAUAAGACAGUGGAUUUUUGGUUGUAUUUAUCAGAAUUCAUUUCAAAUUUCUGGAUAAACAAAUCAAUUUAUGAAAUAAAAGGUAAUGAUCAUGUUUAUAUCAAAUAAUUGAUUUUAACAUUUACAGAAUUUUUAAAGAAAGGAUUAUUUAUUGAAUAUCUUAGUAAUGCUCAUAAUUUUUAUAAUAUGUAUCAUUAAUUCAUUGAAUUUUUAAAGAAUUCUGUUGUAUCAGCUACUCUAGAAGAGAAAUACAUUAAACAUUAAUUAUAAGGAAAUAAGAAAUCAAAAGAAUAAAAACCUUUAGAAGUGAAAGAUUAUUUGUUUGAGAGCACAGUAACAAAAAGGGCAGUAUCUAGAACAACUUAUGCAAAAAGUAUGAUUUGGCUUGAUGAAUUGAUAGAGAUUCUAAUUUUAUUAGAAUAAUUUUAAUAAUCAAGAAUGGCAGAUUAAUUUAUUAUUACAGAAGAUAAUUAAACAAUAUUUGAUGAUCUUCAAUAUUUAUAGAAGUUUGCUAAAGAAAAAAAAUAUGCAGAAGUAGUUUAAAGAUUGAGAUAAGCCAAAAGAGCUAGUUAUCACACUAGAGUAUAACAAUCACAAAGUUAACUAAAUUAAAAGGAUAUAUUUACAACAUAAGAAUUGACAACAAUAUUAAGAGAGUGUUCAUAUGCUCGUAAGACAGUGAUCUUAGAAUAUAUGGGAGGUAUAAAAUAGACAGAUAUAUCUUUGGUUUACUUUUUAAUUGAAUUACUAACAUUAAAUUAAAUAAGAUUAUCAGCUAAAGUUACUGAAUUAUUAUGGCUUAUUUAUUCAUCAAGAAGUAAUUUUCUUUAAACAUUAAAUUAAACAAUAUUAAUUGAGGCAUUUGAUUAAGGAGAAUUAGAAUUAUAAGUAAAUUAAAAUAUAUUUACAGAUUUUUCUAAUAUUUAUUGGAAAUUACAUUUUGCAAUAAUAGAUUUAAAAUCAUCUCUAGAAAAAGAUUCUAGUAAACAUUAUGAAACAAUAAAUGAUGCUUUAUCAGAUAUGUUAGUAAUAUUCUUUCCUGAUUAUGCAGCUAAAUCUGAUAUGUAAAUGUUUAUGGAAAUUAAUUAAUUGGAAAAUGAAGAGAAACAUUAUUAAGCAUAAGAAGAAAAGAUGGUUAAAAGCAAAGUAAGAUAAGAAGUAGCUGUUAUAGAAUAAUUUGUAUCAAAAGCAGAACUUGAUUUAGUUGAUAUUUCAGCAUAAAGUCCAAUGAGGGAUAAACAUGAAGAAUAAUUAUAAUCAUUAAAAUCUGCUACAAUGGAUUAAUAAUAAAAAUAUGUAUGGAAAAUCAAUAAUUCAUUAUCAAUUGAUGUAUUGACUAUAUUUUAUAGAUAAAAAUUAUUAAGAUAUUUAGGAUUUCAUGAUUUAAUGUAAAAAUUAAUUGAAAAUUUAAUAUAAGAAACAAGUACUCUAUUUAGAGAAAAAGAUGUACUUGUAAGUAAUGCAAAUAAAAAAGGAUGGGAAAUAAAAAGUGAUAUUUUAGAAAAGAGUAUUUUAUUUUUAAUUUAUUUUGUAAUAAGAAAUGAAGAAAAUUAAGAAAUGAUAUUAAAUUUAAGUAAAAAAAAAGAUUCAUUUUUACAUGAAAUGUCUAAUGUAAAGAGAAAGUAAUUAUAAACCUUAAUAUAUAUAUUAUUUGCUGAAUUGUUUAGAGAUAAUUAUAAUAUUUUAUUCUCAUUAGAUAAAUACAAUGAUGAAAAUUCAAUUUUAGCCAAAUUAUUUUCUAUAUUUGGUAAUAAUUUUGCAAAUAAAAAUUAUGAAGCAGCUAUUUAUUUUCUUUAAUUUUUGUAAAUCUUAUUAAAAGUAAAAGAAAGUGAUGUUGUAUAAAAUAAUUAUGCUAUUAUUCAUUUGUUUUAAUCUACUAAAUAAUUAACAACUUUUGCUAAAGAUAUUGGUACUCUAAUUUAAACACUUUAUCUCUUUAGAUUAGAAUAAUUCUUUACUGCUAGUCAUGCACCUGUUCCUCAAACAUAACAUAAUUAAUAAAAACAUGCAUAAUUUAAUGGAUCUAUUGAAAUGCCAAUAGAAGUUUUAUUCAUGACAGAACUCUUAAGAUUAAUGAGAGUUAUUUGUUCCAAAAGAUCCAUUUUAAUUAAUGAAUUUGUUAAAAAACUCUUUCCAGUCAAUAGAGUAGCUGAAAUGUUGAAAUAAUUAGAUGAAUGGUAUCCAUUAAAAUUAGAAUUAAUACUCUAUUUUUAAAGUGUAUUUUUAGAUAAUUUAUAAUUUUUAACAUUUGAAGAAAAAUAAGAUGUUGUUAAAACUACUACUGAAGUAAUAUUUAAAUAAAUGACUGUAAGUUUUGUUGACAAUUAGAAUCUAAAGAAAAUGGGAAGUGCAAAAUUAGUAAAUAGUGUUGUAUUCAAUAUUUUUGGUAUAAGAAAUUACUACACUAGUUAAGAAUUUAUUAUGUCUAUUACUCAUGAAAAAGCUAGUUUUAUAUAUAUAAUUUUUGGAGUUUUAGAAGUUACAAAAGACUUUGUAAAAAAAGUAUGUCCAAAAUAUUUUUAUAAAGAUGAAUAAGAAUACUUUGAAGAUGCUGUUUAGAAUGAAAUUAUUUUUAUGGCAUAAACUAUAUAUGAAACUAUUUAAAGAGUUUAAGAUUUCACUACUGAAGUUCCUAAUGGAGGUCAUGGUUGUAAAAUGAAAAAUUCUAAUUUUAAAAGAAGAAGUGGAUAAAAACCAACUAAAUUAUUUAAUUUAACUCAUAAAUUAUUAUCUAGUAAUUAAGAUGAAUAGAAUUAAGAAUUAAGUUUUUUGGCUAAAGAAGAAAAUGAAGUAGAUAAGGACAAUAUUAGAAGAAUAAUUGAUACAAUAUCAUUCUUUUAGUAAUCAGAAAUUGCCUUUUAGUUAUUGAGAAAUGAUUUAUAAAUAGGAGAAUAAGGGAUUUUAGAUAAAUGGACAAAUUCUAUAAAAUCAUAAAGAACAAAAUUAAUAGAUGAACAUCUUGUAGCCUCAGAAAGAGAAAAUGAAAUUUAAUAAUUAGUAAAUUUAAUUGUUACAUUAAAAAGGGAUGAUACAAUAAAAUUUAAGAGAAUGGUAACUGCACUUAUAUAAAUGUUAUCUGAAACUUCAGUAUCUCCAUCUAUAAAAUUAAAAUCUAUUAAUAUUGUAAGAAAAUUAUCAAAUUAUAAAGAAGAUUUAUAAAUAACUAAAUCAAUUCUUAAAGAUUUGGGAGAACUUGGAUUUACAGAUUUUCUAUGUGAUUUAAUUAAAUAAGAAGUUGAUUCAGAAUAAAAACUAGAAUACAUUAAAGCAUUUGUAGAUUAUAUAGAUGAUUCAUCAAGAGAAAUUUAGAAUUCUUUUUUAUUAUAUUUACAAAGAGAUCUUUAAAAUACAUUUAUAAUUAAUUUAUAGAAUUUCAUAACAGAUAUGUUCUAAGAUGUGAAAAUGGCAGAGAUAUCAAAAAUAGAAAGAAAAAAUAGAAAUAUAAAUAAGAUUUUAAAUAAUAAGAUAAAUGGAUGUAUUUUGAUUUUUGAAAUGUUUAGAUUAGGUUGUGAAGAUCAUUUUAGUGAUAUGUAAAACUUUUUAAGGAUUUAACCUAAUAGUAAAUAACCAAUUAAUUUUAUUAUGUUUACAGCAGAAUUAUUUGAAAAAUAUGUUGAAAUAAUGAAUGAACAUAAUGCAGCAUUAGGUUAAAAACUAUUAGAUUUUUUAAUUGAAUGUGUUUAAGGUCCUUGUUUAGAGAAUUAAACAGAAUUAUGUUAAUCAACUAAAAUAUUAGAAGUUCUUGAAUAAAUUAUAGUUUAAUAAAGAGUUGAAAAAAAAAAUGAAUUUAAAAGAAUAGACAUAGUAUUUUCAAGUUUAAGAAGUAAAGUAUUUUUAUUAUAAUUAUCAUUAAUGGAAGGUAAUAGUGAAUAAGAAAUUGCAAGGAAGAUAUCUCAUUAUUUUAAUCCUUAGAUUUUCUUUGAGAGAGCAGAAUAAGUUUAUUGGAAAAUCAUUAAAAAGAUAAGAAAUACAUAAAUAUAAAUAAAUUUAGAAGUAAAAGUAUUGGAUAGAGUGAAAACAGAAGCAGAAGAAGCUAUUAAUCAUCAUGGUGUCAUUUAGACAAAGGACACAAAAGAAACUUUGCCUAAUUAAAAUUAAUUCAUGGAAUUCUUCUCUGAAAAUCUUCAUAAUAAUCGUUCAUAGCAACAUUUGAAAAUUUCAUAAUAAUCUUUUGUAAAUGCAAUAUAAGAAGAAGAGAUGGAGGAAAUGGUUGGUGAAACAUUUAUGAUGUAUUUAUUACUGAAGAAAUUGAGCAAAUAUAUUCCAAGGAUCAAAGAUCAUGAAAGUAAUCCAAAAUUGAGAAGAGCUUUAAAUUAUUAUAAAAAUGAGACUGCUUCUAUUGAAAUUGUUAAUAUGAAUGGAAAAUUAGAGAAAAUAUAUUUUUAAGUUCCUACUCUAAUGAAAUAUUUAACAGAAGAAACUAAACUAUAAUUUAUGGAAGAAGUAGAAAGAGAUUCUAUAAAUGAUAAAAUUAAUGGAUUAUUAGAUAAUAUGGAUUAUUUUUAUAUGGAAAUGGUACAUUUUAUGAAAUUAAGAAAAAUUGGAAUUAGAUUUAACAAUAAUUUUAUUGUUUAUUUAAGAAAUAUCUGUAUAAUUUUAGCACUUUUAUUGAAUAUUCUAAUUACAAUAAAUGAUACUGAAGAAAAAUUAGCUAAUUUUGCUAAAGCUAUAGCUAUAGUAGAUUGUAUUUUAUAUGGAUUGAUCAUGCUCAUUUGGAUAUUUAUAAGAAUGUAAUUAGAGUAUGAUCGAAUCUAUAAAUAGGUUUCAGAUUUAAUAUAAUUAAAUUAUAAUAAGAAAUCAAAUUAAGGAUAGUCUUAGUAGGUUAAUCAAAAAACUGUUAUAUAUCCUUUCUAGAUUACAUUAUUACAAACAUUUUAUAUAAUCAAAAGAAUGUUAUUUAGUAGUUAUACUUUUUAUUGGUUUUUAUUACUUGUUAUCAAUUUAUUAGGUCUCUUAUAUAAUAAAUUAUUUUAUGGAUUUCUAUUAUUAGAUAUUAUAGAUCAUUCAUAAGUGUUACGAAAUGUUAUCAAAAGUAUUUCACUAAAUUAUAAACAAUUGUUGAUGACUGCUUUAUUGGGAGUAUUAAUAAUGUAUUUAAAUUUUAUAUUAUAUUUAGGUAUUUGUAUUCUUUGGUAGCAUAUUAAAGUAAUGAUUUUAAAUAAUAAUUAAAAGCAGAUAAUGUUAAUAUUGAAGAUGAAGAAUCUUUAGAUGCAACAGUUUGUUAUUCUGCUUUUUAAUGUCUAGUUUUUGUAAUUCAUUAAGGUUUAAGAGCAGGUGGAGGUAUAGGAGAUGUUUUAGAGGCUCCACCAACUCAUUCAAACUUAAAUUAUUAUUCAUAAAGAGUUCUUUAUGAUGUAAGCUUUUUUAUUCUAAUAAAUAUCAUUUGGCUUAAUAUCAUCUUUGGUAUCAUUAUUGAUACUUUUGCUGAAUUAAGAGAUUAAAAGAAUCAGAAAGGUAAUAAUAAUGAAUUAUGUAAGAUUUUGAUUCUUAGAACAGAUGUUAUAUAUGUGAUUUAACAAGAACAGUAUUUGAGAAAGAAGGUAUAUCCUUUGAUAAUCAUGUUCACAAAUAUCAUAAUCCUUGGAAUUACUUAGCUUAUUUAAUAUAUUUAAAAGUAAAACAGAAAACUGAACAUACAGGAACAGAAUCAUAUGUCUAUAGCAAAUUUUUAUAAAGUGAUAUUAGUUGGUUACCAAUAUAAAAAGCUAUUGAUUUGGAAUUAAUAAUAGAAUAAUAACCAAAAUAAAAUAUUGAUAUCAAUUAUGAAGAACAUAAUUAAAAAUCCCUUCAUUGA